AUGAAUGUGAAGAUCUUGACGCUGGUGAUUGUGCUGGUGGUAUCUCUGCUGUGUUCAGCCAGUGCUGAAUGGGCAAAUCUUGAGCUCAUUGAGCUGUUCAUAAUUCAUCCUGAAAGCAAUCAGUCUUCCACUCUCAAGUCUGGUCCAGUGGCCUCCACCGAGCAUAGCAAAGAGCUGGAGGAGGUGGGCAGCAUGAGGACUCCUUUGCGGCAGAAUCCUGCUCGAGCCGGCCGGAGCCAAAGACCUUCUGGCUGGAGGAGGAGACGCCCUCGACCCCGCCUCUCCCAUAAGGGGCCCAUGCCAUUUUAG